AUGUCUUUAAGUCGUGAAGAUUCAGUGUAUUUAGCCAAAUUGGCUGAACAAGCAGAACGUUAUGAAGAAAUGGUGGAAAACAUGAAGAAUGUUGCAUCUUCUGGUCAAGAAUUGUCCGUUGAAGAAAGAAACUUGUUAUCUGUUGCUUACAAGAACGUUAUUGGUGCUCGUCGUGCAUCCUGGAGAAUCGUUUCCUCCAUUGAACAAAAAGAGGAAGCUAAGGAAAAAUCUGAACAUCAAGUUCAAUUGAUCAGAACUUACCGUUCGAAGAUCGAAUCCGAAUUGACUAAGAUCUGUGAUGAUAUCUUGUCAGUGUUAGAUACUCAUUUGAUUCCAAGUGCUACAACCGGUGAAUCCAAGGUAUUCUACUAUAAGAUGAAGGGUGACUACCACCGUUAUCUGGCCGAAUUCUCUUCCGGUGACGUUAGAGAAAGUGCUACUCAAGCCUCUUUGGAAGCCUACAAGGAAGCAUCCGAUAUCGCCACCACAGAAUUGCCACCAACUCAUCCUAUCAGAUUGGGUUUGGCCUUAAACUUCUCCGUGUUCUAUUACGAAAUUCAAAAUUCCCCAGACAAGGCUUGUCAUUUGGCUAAGCAAGCCUUCGAUGACGCUAUUGCUGAACUAGAUACCUUAUCCGAAGAAUCAUACAAGGACAGUACUUUGAUCAUGCAAUUGUUGAGAGAUAACUUGACCUUGUGGACUUCUGAUAUGUCUGAGACUGGUCAAGAAGACCAACCUGCUGAAGGUGCUUAA